AUGUUGCACAAAUUACACAUACUGUACCACACCUAUCUUGUUCUUUAUUUGUGCAAACACCAUUUUUUGCUCUUUCCCCCUGCAGUCUUGAGGCGCCCGGCCCCUGAGGACACAGUCACAGACAGCUUUGGGAAGUUCAUCAGUGAAGUAAAGCCCCAGCACUUGUCCUCUGUGGUGCUCCACCGCAGUAAAAGGAUGGUGCUGGACAGCAUUGGAGUUGGUGUGAUUGGCAGCACAACAGACGUGUUUGAGCUGGCUCUGCAGCACUGCCAGCACAUGUAUGCUCCUGAUGACAUCAGCUCUGUGUACGGACGCAGGGGCACCAGGCUCUCCCCGACACUGGCAGCUUUCGUCAAUGGAGUGGCUACUCACUCCAUGGACUUUGAUGAUACAUGGCACCCUGCCACUCAUCCCUCAGGAGCAGUCCUUCCUGCUGUGUUAGCACUCAGUGACAUGAUGUCUGCUAACAGCAAACCCAGUGGCCUGGACUUCCUGCUGGCGUUCAACAUCGGCAUUGAGAUCCAGGGCAGAUUGAUGAGGUUCUCUAAUGAGGCCCACAACAUCCCCAAGAGGUUUCACCCUCCCAGUGUGGUGGGGACCAUGGGAAGUGCAGCCGCCUGUGCUCGCCUCUUGUCUUUGGAUCCCUCCCAGUGCAGUCAUGCCUUGGCUAUAGCUACUUCUCUAUCUGGAGCCCCAAUGGCUAAUGCUGCCACUCAGUCUAAACCACUCCACAUCGGUAAUGCCUCACGUUUGGGGCUGGAGGCUGCUCUGCUAGCAUCCAGAGGCCUAGAGGCGAGUUCUCUGGUCCUGGAUGCUGUCACUGGUGUGGCUGGUUUCAAUGCUUUUUAUGAAGACUAUGUACCGCAGCCUUUAGAAUUAUCCAAUGAUGACGGCCAUAUGUUCCUACUAGAGGAGCAGGACAUGGCCUUCAAGCGCUUCCCUGCCCAUCUAGGGAUGCACUGGGUAGCAGAUGCUGCAGCCUCGGUCCAUAAGAUUCUUGUGGGAUUUGGCCCUGGCACUGUCUGCCCAGCUCAAGUCCAAGACAUCCUGCUCAGGGUCCCCAAAUCAAAGUACAUCAACAGGCCUUUCCCUGACUCUGAGCAUGAGGCACGCCACUCUUUCCAGUUCAAUGCUUGCAGCGCUCUCCUGGAUGGGGAGGUGACUGUGCAGUCUUUCACACCCGCUGCCUUAAGACGCCCUGACCUACUCGCUCUGCUGAGCCGUGUUCGCAUGGAGCAUCCCCAAGACAACCCAGCUAAUUUUAACAGUAUGUAUGGUGAAGUCCAGGUGACACUUGUUGGGGGAGACAUUCUGAAGGGACACUGUGACACCUUCUACGGUCACUGGCGCAACCCGCUAACCAAUGAGAGCCUGAGGAAGAAGUUCAGAAACAACGCGGGGGCCGUGCUUCCCUCAGAGAAGGUUGAGAGGCUGAUUGAUGUGGUGGAGGAGCUGGACAGACUUGGGGACUGCAGGGCCCUUCUCUCACAGCUGCAAUGAGAACUCAGACAUACACAAUGAGAGCAGCACAGAAAUCCUUGCACAUAAAUACAUUAUAUACCAAAAAAGUUACAGUAAAAUGUAUUUAAAAUGACACAUUUGUCCAAAUCAAUGCUAAGGAAUAUGACAUGUUUACCUAUUGCACUUGGAAAUGGGGAAAAGCAGCUAUAGGCCACUACACUGUGCACUGCAAUUAUGUUUCCAUAUGCUUGUCUCUUUUACCAGUACUGAUGAAUACUGAAAUAUCUGUUGAGACAUGUCAGCAUACAACAUAUUUAUACAUACAUAUACAUCAACAUAUUUUUCUGAUUUACAUUGUGCCUAAUUAUUUCAUUAUAUUACUCCAAUUUUUUAAAUUAAGAAAUCAAUAUGAGUUGUAAAAUGUGAUCUAGUUACAUUGCUAAGUGAAAUUAAGAAAGAUUUAUGUACUUUCUAAUGUAUUUAUUAGGUUUAUUAUGUAUUCAUACUUUAAGAUAGCAACAUUUUACAAAUAUUAGAUGUUUGCAAAAUGCUGUACUUAAUACUGUGUUUUUGUGCCAAAUAAUGGAUUGAUUAAUUUAAAUUCAUACAAUGCAAAAAUUUGAUUCGCAUGUAAAUACAAAAAUGUUUCCUCUUUGACA